GUACCAUGCCUACCUCUAGUAAAAAUGUAUUGUUAAAUCAAUACUUUCAAAAUAUCGCUUAAAGAGUACAAAGUGAAUUUGUCAAGUUGCACCAAAUUCAAUUUUUAUUCGCUUCUUUUAUCAAAAUGCUCGCAUUCUCAACGUUAGCAAUUAAUUGAUUUAUUUAAUUACUCAUCGAUUUUUAAUUAUUUAAACUAGAAUCGAAAAAAAAAUCAUACAAAAACCCACCCAUUUUGAAGAGAAAAUCAUCAUAAAAUAAGAAAAAAAUUUUAAUUGUAAAAAAAUGGCUGAAGGUACAUACGAAUUUGAGUGUAUGCGAGCUGAACUUCUGGGAAUCGAUAAACCCGACCAAGAAGAAUUUGAAAAGGCUCUGGCCGAGCGCCAGAAGGCUGAACAGGAUGAAAUUGAAGCUUUAGAAGCGAGUGUCCUGGAAAAAGAUGAGGAAUCACUCCAAAAUACAGGAGGAAAAUUAGACGAGCUUAAUAGUAUCUUGUCAGCGACUCAGUCUAAAAUCAAUCGAUUGAAGCAAACCGCCCGCGGCAGUAUCACCACCAUGUUUAGAGGACAAUCUGUUGACGAAACAGCUUCCUCUUCAUCGAGCAGUCGCCGUGGCACAACUGGAGACGUAUCAGUUGGCGGUGAUAUAAAUGAUGCUCUUGACAAUCUUGAAGAAAUGCAAAAACCGCCAAGUAGAAUGUCCAUGAUGAGAAAUGCUUCGCUUGAUAUUCAAGGCAAAAUGACUUCUCAUCUGGACAAACUUGACAUGUUAAUUCAUAAGGCCGACAGAGCUGAACAAUCUAUGUCGGAACAAACAAAACAAAUGCGAAAAAUAGCCAAAUAAGCCAAUAAAACCUACCUUAUUCCAAAAAAAAAAAUAAGAAUAAGAAAAUGAAACUAAUCGAAAUGGAAUAUUAAAAAAAAACCCAUCAACAACGCCCAGAAUGUGCUGAGCCAAAAUAAAAAUAAAAAACAA